GUGCCGAAUUUUCCUUAUAUAUAAAUUUACAUCAAUAUUAUAACGUAGAUAAUGGCAACUUCUGAGUACGCAAGUCAGACUAAAGUACCUUAUAUUGGAUCGAGAAUAUCAAUAGAGAGUGUGGACACAACGACGGUUCGGCUACCGUUUAUACCUCCUGAUGAUAAUGAUUACGAUCCAAGAAAAUAUAGAAAACCUCUCAAACCAAUCACACCAUGGAUGGCAUACUUCGAUUUAAUCAGGCUUGGCUUCGGUCCUGGUUUUCUCGGCAUCCCGUUGGCAAUCAGUCAAGCUGGAAUGAUUGUGGGUCCUAUAAUGUGUGUUGUUAUCGGUAUGACCUUGACGCAUACGCAAAUAAUGAUGCUCGACUGUUGUAACGAAGUAUGUCGUCAAUUAAAAAUCCCCAGAAUAUCCUACAGGUAUGGAUUUCGCGUAUGUCUACUACACGGGCCUCCUAUUUUCCAUGUCUUAGGACAUAAUGGACCAAUAAUAGUAUCGAUAUUCAUGUUUUUGAGUCAGAUCUCAAUUUGCACUGUCUGCUACAUUUUCACGGCAGACUCUUUACGCGAUAUCAUGGAUUGGCAGUCCAAUAUUCCUGCCAUGUUAAUACUGUUGCUGCCUUACUUGUUUCUACAACACUACCUUCGGUCUUUAAUGCAAAUCAGCGUUGUGGCUAUGGCGGCUAACGUCGUGACUUUGACAGGCCUAGGAAUCAUAGUUUACCAUAUUUUUCUACAUCCUCACGGUGAAUAUAUGCAUAUCAACACAAAAAUUCUUAACUUAUUGUUUUGUUUCUCGACUGUGUUGUUCAACAUGAGCAGUAUCGGAGUAAUCUUGGCUAUCGAUCGAAGAAUUGAGAGUCCAGAACUAAUGACCAAACGAUUUGGUAUUAUACAACUAGGAGUUAUGUUGCCAACUUUCUUUGCAGCUGUAUACGGAACUUUGGGAUAUUGGGCAUUUGGUACUAUGGAGGAGAAUAUACUUAGAUCCUUGCCUUAUGAUGACGCGAGCACGAUAGUAUGCAUGUUUUUAUAUUUAGUUAUUGCAAUGGUAACGUACUCAUCGCAGAGUUACCCAGGAACAAUGGUAAUAUUAGAUUUCAUAGAAAAGCACGAUCCUCUGGUUGUUCCCACAAAACAGACAUUGAAACGAAUUGAAACGAAUGUUAUUAACACGAUUGUAGAUUAUGGAGCUAGAUAUAUGAUACUGUCGAGAUGA